AUGGAGAGCCCCGCGAAGGAAGAGGCCGGCGGGGAGCUGGCGAUGGAGAUCGAGUCGUCGGUCACGGCGGAGGACUGGCGCGGCGCGCUCUCCCGCGUUGUGCCAUCCGUCGUCGUCCUCCGCACCACCGCGCCGCGCGCCUUUGACACCGAGGUCGCGGGCGCCAGCUACGCCACGGGGUUCGUCGUUGACAAGUCCCGCGGCAUCAUCCUCACUAACCGCCAUGUCGUUAAGCCAGGGCCUGUGGUCGCGGAGGCCAUGUUCGUGAACAGGAAGAGAUCCCUGUGUACCCCUGUACAGAGAUCCUGUGCCAUUAAGUUUCUUAAAUAUGAUGAGAUUCCGCUGGCACCUGAAGCAGCAUCAGUCGGGCUAGAAAUCCGGGUUGUCGGAAAUGACAGUGGGGAAAAGGUUUCAAUUUUGGCAGGAACACUUGCUCGACUUGAUAGAGAAGCACCAUACUACAAGAAGGAUGGAUAUAAUGAUUUCAAUACAUUCUAUAUGCAGGCUGCAUCUGGUACUAAAGGUGGCUCAAGUGGUUCACCUGUUGUUGAUUGCCAAGGAAGGGCUGUUGCCCUGAAUGCUGGAAGCAAAUCUUCCAGUGCCUCUGCCUUCUUCCUUCCAUUAGAACGUGUUGUCAGAGCACUGAAUUUGAUACGUGAUAGUUGGGAUGCAUUUGGUACCAAGCCAGAAUCUGUUUAUAUUCCACGUGGUACACUUCAGUACUUCAAAUUAUUUUUGACAUGCUGCAAGUUCUCUUCAAUUCUUCAUUGUUGUUACUGCUACUUUUCUUUUACUGCUGUUAUUUGGCUUCAUAGCAUCCUCUUUUUCUAUUGCAUUGGAAGGCUACCUUUCAACACAAAGGAUUUGAAGAAACUCGGCGUCCUUGGCCUCCGGAAUGAAACCGAGCAGAUGGUGCGUGUAGUUUCUCCAGCAGGCGAGACUGGAAUGCUGGUUGUUGAUUCAGUGGUACCUGAAGGCCCUAUGCAUAAACAUUUGGAACCUGGUGAUGUUCUAGUUGUAACUCAGUUUCUUAGAUUGGAGACUUUACUUGAUGAUAGUGUUGGCAGGGAAAUUGAUUUGCAGAUAGAGAGGGGUGGAGUUCCUUUAACAGUAAAGCUGCAGGUUGAGGAUUUGCACUCUAUAACUCCAAAUCAUUUCUUGGAAGUUAGUGGUGCUGUCAUCCAUCCACUGUCAUAUCAGCAGGCUAGAAACUUCCGAUUCAAAUGUGGUCUCGUAUAUGUUGCUGAAGCAGGCAUUAUUUUCACACUCACAAUUUCACCUUCAGUUUGUUAUCGUGAUAUCUUCUCUAAUGCAUAUGAUUGGUACCAUAGCAAACUGGUUAUUUCUUUGACUUAUUUAACACCAUGCAAUGCAGAUCUAGAGGAUGUAAAAGGUGGUUCUUUGAGGCAUCCUUCCAAUGCAGAAGGUUCUGAACUUGCUCGAACAAUAUCAAGUAAUGCAUCAUUGGCAGAACAAGUAAUUGAACCAGCCCUUGUAAUGUUUGAGGUGCAUGUGCCGCCUGUUUGCAUGCUUGAUGGAGUUCACUCUCAACAUUUCUUUGGAACAGGGGUUAUAAUAUAUCAUUCUGAACGUCUGGGUCUGGUUGCAGUUGAUAGGAAUACUGUUGCUGUAUCUAUCUCUGAUAUAAUGCUUUCAUUUGCUGCAUAUCCCAUUGAAAUACCUGGAGAGGUUGUUUUCCUCCAUCCUGUUCACAACUUUGCUCUGGUCGCUUAUGAUCCUUCUGCACUAGGAGCUGGAGCAUCUGUUGUCCGGGCUGCUAAGCUUCUACCAGAUUUUGGUAGCACAUUUUCGGGCAUAUUAACUGAUGAGCAAGGAAGAGUUCAAGCAUUAUGGGCUAGCUUUUCUACCCAGCUGAAAUAUGGUUGCAGCAGCUCAGAGGACCAUCAGUUUGUUAGAGGCAUACCAAUAUAUGCAAUAAGCCAAGUACUUGAGAAGAUUAUCUCUGGAACUCAAGGACCUUUUAGGCUUAUCAACGGAAUAAAGAGGCCAGUGCCAUUUGUCAGACUUUUGGAGGUGGAACUUUAUCCAACUUUGUUAUCCAAGGCAAGAAGUUACGGAUUGAGUGAUAACUGGGUGCAGGCCCUUAUGGAAAAAGAAAUCGACCUUAUUGUUGGAACUGAUGUAAGAGAUGGCAAUGGUACAACCCGAAUGGUUAAUUGGUGUGGAUGCAUUAUCCAGGAUCCUCAUUCAGCAGUGCGUGCACUUGGCUUUUUGCCAGAAGAAGGUCAUGGUGUUUAUGUUGCUAG